CGCUACGACCUGCUUGAACUGUUGCUUGCACCCAACUAGAAGUUCAGACUUCAGACGAACCAUGGGGGCGGCGCCGUCGAGACAGGAGGCGUCCACCGCCUCGUCGCCCACCGGCGAUGGCCGUGUCAUGCCGGCGGCGCUCAGCGCUUCUACUACUUCCGACACCGCCAACCAGGCCCAGUCCAAGAGGGCGCCGGCUCCUCACAUGCUCCGGGAGAUCGUCGCCGGGGAGAAUGUCGCCGACGUAGCCGCGCUGGAAGAUCAGGUCUCCACCGGGAUCUUCUUGGCCGGGAAAACAAAGAAGUACUGGGUAGAUGAGAGGACCAGGCACAACUGCUUCAUGCUGUUCCCCAGAGGCCUGCACAUCACCUGGAGCGAAGACCCCAAAUACUGGACUUGGCACCCCCUGAAAGAAGGAAGCGAGGCCGAAGCCGGAAUCGAGACGGUGGCGCUGCAGAACGUCUGCUGGCUGGAGGUCCAAGGGAAGCUGGAGCUGUCCCUUCUCACACCAGGAGUCACCUACGAGGUCUUCUUCGAGGUGAAGCUCAAUGACCCAGCCUACGGAUGGUCGACGCCGGUGAACCUCCGGCUCAAGUUCCCCGACGGUACGAUCCAGCAGCACAAGGAGAACCUGGAGGAGAAGCCCAGGGGGAAGUGGCUGCAGGUCAAGGUUGGGGAGGUUAAGCCGCACAAGGGGCAGAAUGGAGAGGCAGAGAUCUCCAUGUUUGAGUAUGAUGGUGGGCAGUGGAAGAGGGGGCUCCUCAUCAAGGGCAUCAAGAUCAUCCCAAAAGAAUGAAGGAUAUGGUUUUGUUUUGUUACCAACCAUCAUUUGCUGUUGUUUGUUGACUAUGAUAAGAUCAGUUUGAUGCAUGGGAAUAAUAUUUUCACUGUUACAAAAUAUCAAAAGUUCUAAAUGAAUGUUAUGUCUUGAA